AUGAUGGAUAAAGAAAUUUAUCCUGAAAAAUCUAAGGAUACAUCAAUUCAGACGCCACGACCGUCUUCGCCACGUAAAUUCUUCGCUAGAAUUUACGGUCAUCUGGACCAGCCCAAAACAAAGGAUAAGGAACAGACACAGGGAUCUGAAACAUCGCCGUUGUGGCCGCCGCCACCGCUACCAGUCUGCCCUCGGCCAAUUCUGUUACCUCAUCAGCAAUUGGCAUUCGGCGCUGGUCUCGCAGCCUUUUUGGCACGUAGAAGACGUAAAGAGAGUCGGCCUAGACGGCAACGCACAACCUUCUCCGCUCAUCAAACUUUAAGGCUAGAACUCGAAUAUGCGAGAGGGGAAUAUGUCGCUCGGGCAAGAAGAUGUGAACUUGCUUCUGCCUUGUCAUUGAGUGAAACUCAGGUGAAAAUAUGGUUCCAGAAUAGAAGGGCUAAGGACAAAAGAAUUGAAAAGGCUCAUUUGGAUCAACAAUACAGACAAUUGGCCGCAGCUUCUGGAUUUUUCCAGCCCAUUUUUAACUCGCCAUAUGGUCCACCGCCGUGCCCGUGUUUGCCAGUACAUUCACCGCCUAAUCUCGAUAAAUAA